AUGAAAUUUCAAACCCAAUACAUUGCAUUAUUAGCUUUCGCUGCUUACGCCAGAGCCCUUACCUCUGAAGAACAAGUACAAGAAAUGGAAAUUCUUCUAUCUGAUGUUAAUGCCAACUUAGCCCAAUACGCCGGUUUAUUAGGUCAAGUUGCUAUCCCAGAUGAAUUAUUUGACAUCUACUUCGUUAUGGCCACUGCCACUGACGAUUCAUACACAACUUUAUUAGCCCAAUUAGAUAUGAACGAAAUUUCUUCCAUGAUGACCGCUUUACCAUGGUACUCUUCCAGAUUACAACCUUUGUUAACUGCUUUUGAUGCCGUUGUCACCACCCCUGCUGCUGCCACUUCUGCUGCUGCCACCUCUGCUGCUGUUACUUCUGCUGCUGCCACCUCUGCUGUCGCCACCUCUGCCGCUGCCAAUGUUGCUGUUACUUCUGCUGCCGCCACAUCUGCCGCUGCAACCUCUGCCAAUGUUGCUGUUACUUCUGCUUCCGCUGCUAACUCUGCUAUUGUCACUUCUGCUGCUGCUGAUGUUGCCGAAACCAUUUCCACCUCUGGUUUCAACACUGUUGCUAUCUCUAAUACCAUCUCUUCUAACAUCACCUUCUCUUCUCAAUAUGCUGGUGUCUCAAACUCCACUGUUACUUCUACUCUAUUAAACACUGUUACUCAAGAAACUACUACUUGUCCAGAAAGUGAUUCCAAGACUUCUGCUGUUGCUUCCACUUCCGGUGUUUCAACUAAACUACAAGUUCAAACUUCCAAAUCCAGUAGUGUUGCUAUCCACCAACAAACUGACAAUGGUGCCGCUAAAUUCGGUGUUAGUGCCGGUGUCUUAGCUGCUGCCGCUGCUAUGCUAUUAUAA